UUUUUCUUUUUCUUUGAUUGCAUCUUCCAUUGUUGUUUUAUUUUAUUUUGUUUUCCUCCAUCGUGCCCUCAAAGUGUUCUUUCCUUCAUCAAUAAACUCAUUCACACAUAGAGUCUGCUUGCAUUUCCGUGAGAGUUUUGCUGUAACAGGCUGUCGUCUCCUCCUUACCCUGGUCCAUGGUUCAUGCGACCUAACCGUUGAACGCUCCAUUCUUCUUCUUCCCAUUCAACAGUCUGGAAACACUUGCACUCACACUUACAUUAUCACACCUCAACAGAUAACACUUGUUCCACUAAUUACUUGCUUCAUCUCUUUCUCUGUCUUUCCCUUUCUCUCUCUUCCACUCCCUCUUUUUUGUUUUAAUCCUUUUUCACCAAAGACCGAAAAGGAUGACUGUCCCGAUCCCAAACCUCAUUCAACGCGAUCCAGAACAAUUCGCUAUCUCGAGUAUUGCAGUGCACAAUGCCACAUCCUCUCCAGCAUUCAAUAUCACUGUCUUAAAAAACUCGACGUUCGUAAUCCGCUCUGCACAUGAGCGCAUUGAAUAUGUUCAAGAUACAGUGGUUGCUCCCACACCAUCAUUACCAUCAAUAUCGACAGAUUCAUUGGAUCUAGGAAGUAGUGCAAUACCGUCGUCAGCACUAUCCACAACAAUAUCUACAGAAGCAUCAAACGACGUAUUGCUGCUAAAAGUUCUGGCUGGAGAAGGCUUUCGGUUAUCGUUUGAAUUAAAUGGAUCCCUCUUGCACUCUGUCUCAAAUUCUACACAGCCAACCAUUGAUAACAACAGUAACAAUGACACCACCACGACAACUAGCAAGGCUAAUGACAACCACAAGGACCCUCCAGUGGCACAAGCAAAUGAGCAUCCCGAGGAGAGUGCUGGUACUCAACAGGAAGGCUCUUCGGUAACUGCUUCACAGGAUACUACAGCAGACCACAGUACAUUCGAUCAAUCUAACAAUGAAGGAUUGUCAAGUCCAGCAGCUGACCCUAUAGUAACGUCACCAGAAUCUGGUUCUACCAUAGGCGUCACUUCCGCUGCAGAUGUCCCUGAGCAUGUCGAGCAACCCACCAUAUACUUUGCCUCCACGGACUCAGAGUCGGAGAUGCAAUACUUAUGCCAGACAUUUGAUCAAAAGAAGAAUGAAGGUCUUCUUUCUGUUGUGGGUAUCCAGCGGGGAAUGCCCGAAAAUAAUGUAGGAGAACAAAGCAGCACUCAAAAGAGUCACAAUUGGACUUGGCAGUCAAAUGCCUCGAACGAUUAUAUGGGUGAUGAUGUCCAUGGCCACAAAACUGUUUUUGCUUUCCUAUAUCGGAAUCCCGUUACAGGCGACGUCGACAUUCUUUCGCAGUUUGCGUUCUGGGUGAUCAAUGCACAGGCAAAUGCCGGUGUGGAUCGAACAGGAUACAGACGACCUAGCGCACAGACAUCCCCUUCGAACAGUCGACAUCGAAGACAAGCCUCCGCAGCCGACAGAUUCAAUUCAGGCAUCAGCCGUCUCCCAUCCUUCCAUUCCAAGGGUUAUUCUGCACCUUCCAUCCAUAACUCUACGCUUAGUCUCCCAGAUGCGAGCACUGACACAGGGUCAGGAUACGAAGGCUCGGCUCCAAAUUCCGGUUCAUCUUCAACUCUCAAUUCGACGUCGUUUUCCAUUGAUACGGAGGAUGGUCCGUUGUUUCGAGCCUCAGUUGUUGAAUGUGAGAACCACAUUCGUGAUAUGAAAGCAUCAACAAAGCGAAUCAUCAAAGCUGCUCAGUCUGCCAUGGAUGCUCGGAAAGCUUGGAUAGCAGCCGAUGAGGCAUUUAUAAAGGAGAUGGAGGGAUUCAGGCCAGCAGAGCCACUUCUUAACAGCUAUCUUCGGCCCGUGUCGCAGAGCCUAGCAGCGACAUCUGACAUACUUGCACACCAAAUGCGCACUUUGUUGAUCGACCCUCUGAAUCUGUUCUAUACUAAUGACAUUAAAGCAGCAGAAAUGCAUCGAAAGUCCUUUGAGGAUGAGAGCAAAGAAUACUAUCAGUUCUUGUCACGCUAUAUGGGUAUGAAGCAGGACAGCAACAGGAAGAAGAGCGAGGCAGAUGCGAAAUAUGAAAAGAAACGAAAGAUUUUUGAAAUCAAGCGGUUUGAAUAUUGGAGCUUCCUUCUGGACAUGCGUGUUGGCGGAAGUAAAAGCGAUGAGCUUCUUCAUCACCUGACUAACUACUCCGAGAAGCACUGCAGAAACUUGGUGGAUAUGGCUUUAGUGGCGGAAGACUUGAAGCCUGGUCUGGAUAGCAUUGCUGCUGAUCUCUUAGAAUCCCAAAAACGGGCAACACAAGUUCGGAAAGAGCGUCAGGAACGAAGGAAAGAGUUGUUUGAGUCUCAUGGUGAGGCAUUGACAUCUAUCUCACAGAAUCUGUCGGCUCUAAAGAGUGGCUCUGCGUCAUCAAUAGGUGUAUCCACUUUAGCAGCAGCAGCAUCUUCCAGUCAUGAUUUAGCGAAUGAGGGUCUCUCAGAUACUUCCAAUACAACUUUGGAUGCGCUGGAUGAUCACCAAGAUAGCUCGGGAGCAGCGGAUCUCCGAUCUAACUCUGGAUCAUCUCCUAAUGUGUCCAGUCUCUAUGGGUCAUCGCAGGCGAAUAAUACUAGCACACCAAGAUUCAGUGGUAUUCGCGACCUAGAGCAGCAAGAUAUCGAAGCCAACUCUGCAUUAGGGAGUCGCAAGGAAGGGUUCCUCUUUGCGACAAGUCGGCCCAGUAUGCAUAGCAACUCUGUUGUUCUAGAGAAGCCUAGUAUUAACUGGCACAAGUAUUGGUGCGUGGUAUCGGAAGGACAUCUCCAUGAAUAUUCACACUGGAAGAAGGGCGCCGCCAUGCUGCACAAUGACCCUAUCAAUCUCAAGCUCUCGACUGUCCGCCCGUGUAGGAACCAGGAUCGGCGUUUCUGCUUUGAGGUGAUCACUCCAAAGUUCCGCAGAGUGUACCAAGCAACCAGUACAGAAGACAUGAAUUCUUGGGUGAGCGUCAUCUCCAAUGCAAUCCAGAGCCUCUUAAAUGGGAAUAGUAGUAGCCCAAGCCUAGACAACUACUUGCUUUCCGGCAAGGACUCCAAAGGCAGUAACGGUAUUAAUGGCGCAGGCAGCGAUGGGCUCUCGGUGAAGUACAAUGGCAUAAAUCGUGUAAGCAUGGAUCAAACGCUUCAUGAGAGACAGUCUAGUAACGUCACCAACAUAUUGGGUGAUUUCCAGAGCCUCCAAGACUCAGUGGAUACGGAUCAUUUGGGCACGCGACUAUUGAAAAUCAUGCGUGAGGCGCAUCCUGCCAACAACUUCUGUGCAGAGUGCGGGGCCAAGAAUCCAGAUUGGUGUGCUAUUAACUUGGGCAUUUUGAUCUGUAUUGAAUGCUCUGGUAUACAUCGGAGUCUGGGCACGCACAUAUCUAAGGUGCGAUCAUUUACUCUGGAUACAACAUCUUACACGCGGGAUCUCUUUGAAUUCAUCCAUUCGGUUGGAAAUGAAGCAUCCAACAAGAUUUGGGAGGCUAAUCUUAUUCAGUCUACACCAAAGAACCAAGAAGGCCAACGUUUGCACAAAGUUGUUUUCAGAAGACCUCUUGUGAAUGACACUAGAGAGUACAAGGUUGCUUUCAUUCAAAAGAAAUAUGUUGAGCGAGCAUUUGUUGACAAACACAGAUAUACCGACAAUCCGAACGAUAGCUGUACUGCAGAGGAACUUGCCAUCUUUGCUACCAAAGCGCUAUUCAAUGCAGUGGAAGCUAACAACAUUUCUGAGGUUAUUGCAGCAUAUGCAGCGGGUGCAGAUUUGAACGCUAUACAAGAAGUAGAGUCAGAAAAUGAACCAGGCUCUGAGUCUGAUUCAGAUCAUGUGGUCACAGAAUUGACUGAAGAAGCGACAGGUUCAGAGAUGGUAUUAGAAAAUCAAGCACGUUCGGAUCUGGAUGGUCUCUCGAUAGUCUCAGGAAAGUCAUCUCAUUCGAAGUCUAUUGAGGCUCCUGUCGUAAAUGCUCUUGUAGUCGACUCCAACGUAGACCAGGCUUCAUCAUCAGAUCAGUCAGAGCUUCAGUCCCAGGUAGAGAAACUCCAGAUAGAGCAAUCCCAGACAGAACAAUCCCAGUCAGAGCAGCCGCCGCAGCAAGAGCAGCCCCAAGAGCUCCCAUCGCCAUCCAAUACUGACCUCGCCGGCUCGUCAUUCAUGGUCAUGCAGGUAUCACCACUGUUGCUUGCUCUUCGUCAUAGUAUCCCAUGGAGUUUGGAUGAGCAGUAUGAGGUAUAUCCUAUGGCCGAAUUUAUGCUGCAGAACGGUGCUGCUAGCAAUUUAAGUGUCGAAGUGCGGCUCAUUGAUGAUGACACGGACAGGACAGUCCAGGGAGCAUCUUCUGAUCUUGUUACGUUUGGUAACACACGUAACGACAAUAGCUGGGACUCUGCACAAGUCGACCCAGAUGAUAUACGAAACCAUCGACAGAGGUGUAACCGUCGCAGCCUUGGACAGGUCAUCAACAUGAGAGGAGAAGGGGGUGCGUCCGCAAUGGAGUAUCUUCGAGCAAAGAGUGUACAGCGCGGGGAGUCUCUGCCUGGAUCGCCACCUGUCAUUACUGGUAACUGUAGCGGUUACUACGAAGCCGGCACUAUCGCGGCAGCGGCAGCGGCAGCGGCAGCAGCAGGACUUAAUUCGCCACCCUCAGCCAUUUUGUCGCCUCGUCUUCGCAUAACCCAGAGCUCUGCCAACUCCAUUUCUGCUCCAGCCUCCGCUCAUCCCUCUUUUUCUGCUCCAGGAUUCCAUUUAGCAGCACAUGCUCGAAAUCAAUCCAAUAGUAUACAUCAGGAGAUCUCGUCCCUUUUUAUCAAACGCCGUGAGAGUGAUAGUGGGGGCGGAUCUUCAAUUUUUGCAAAAGGCUCUGAAUCAGAUAAACGUUCUGGAUCAGGGGUCCACAAGCUUCAACAUUCGGCUUCUGCAAAUUCAUCUUCACUUCAUGCCUUUGAAUCAACCGCGGGACCGACCUCAUCGUCAGCAUCGUCGAUAAUGUCGCAUACAUCAGGCUAUAGUUCUAGUGUGCUGCAACAUUCUAGUAGCCGCGCGCACAAGAUGAAGGCAUCGUUGUCCAAGAGUCUAAGGCUUUCGGCAGCAUAUAUUAAGAAUAACAUGAUGAAGGAAGAAAAAGAACACUCGACCCCGGUGAUCUCAGCGCCUUCUGUGUCAUCUACAGUAUCGUCAAUUCCACCUUCUUGGAGGCAGCAGCAGCAAGAAGUAAGCAAUAACGCAUCUUCAGAAGCACUGGUCUCUGGAGCAACCUCAUCCUCAACUUUGAUGUCAGUGAGAGAAGCCUCUAUGGAACAAAACCGUGCGAUGUCUGCGGAAACAGCUGAAGAGCCGCUGUCAGGACCGUAUAUACUUCUGCACAAGAAGGAAUCAAACUCUGGACCAGAUUCUAAUUCGAACACCAACAUCAACGCUAAUGCCAACACUGCCACGAACACAAACACUAGCAUUACAUCGAAUCCUUAAAAAAAAAAGGAAUAACCGACACCCGAAGCGCUUAGUUUGCUAGGUCAUGAAGCAAUCUAUGCUCUCGAUCACAUCAUCUCUGCCUCUAUUUAAUUUCUAUUUAAUUUUUAAUUAUUUCUUCUUUGUCUCUGUCUUGUUCGUUCGCUUUUAUCACGUUUAACGUCUUUUCUAUGAUACCAGGCAUUUGCCUAUUCUUUUUUAUUAAUUAAUUUAUCUUUAUAUCCAUAACCAAUUGUUUAAUCAUACAUCGUCGUAUUGAAGUCAAACGAAUAGCUGAUGUAAACUAAAAUAAAGAAACAGACGAG